AUGCCUCCUCUGACGGCGGAGCAAAUAGACGCAAUCACCAAAUCGGUGCACGACAACUUCGCGGCGCAACUGUCGUAUACGCAGCAACUCAUCAGGUUCGGAGGGCAGCGCGGCGAAGAAGGGGCCGUGCAAGACUUUGUGUUCGACGCCUUCGCCACGCGCGGCUAUGCGCCCGUCAAGUUCGAUAUGGACGAGUCGGCGCUCGGGAAGCACGAGGGAGCGGGAAAGUUUAGCCCGACGCACAGUCGCGCUCCCGUGGUCGUGGGCGUGCACAAGCCCAAGGCUCAGUGCGAGGGCGGGAAGAGCCUGAUUCUCAACGGGCACAUUGACAUUGUCCCCCUUGGGCCCGUGGACAUGUGGGCGGACGAUCCGUACAGUGGGAAGAUCGAAGGCGACAAGCUUUAUGGUCGUGGUGCCGCCGAUAUGCGCUCGGGCCAUGCGAGUAACAUCUUCGCCCUUGAUGCUCUUCGAAACAUCGGCCUUCAACCGGCAUCGGAAGUCAUUAUCCAGUCUGUCCCCGAGGAGGAAUCGACGGGCAAUGGCACGAUGAUGACCCACCUGAAAGGCUACAAGGCCGAUGCGGUUCUUAUCCCGGAACCCGUACAGGAGCAGCUUGUGCGGGCAAAUGUUGGUGUCUUGUGGUUCCAGAUCGAGGUCAGAGGCCGACCGGUGCAUGUAAGGACCAUGGGAACAGGCGUGAACGCAGUCGACGCAUGCUGGGGAGUCGUGGGAGCACUGCGCGAGCUCGAAGCCGAGUGGAAUCAGCGACAUGCGAAGACGAAGUAUUUCGAGGAGGAAAAUCAUCCCUUGAACUUGAAUAUUGCAAUAGUCAAUGCCGGCGACUGGGCAAGCUCGGUGCCUGCUUGGUGCAAGAUCGACUGCCGAGUUGCCAUCACUCCUGGCACCACGGCCAAAUCCGCCGCCGACGAAAUCGAAACCAAGGUCGCAACAUACGCUGCAUCUCACCCAUACCUCAGCAACAACCCGCCCAAGGUGAUCUGGAAUGGCUUCUUUGCAGAAGGAUAUGCCUUGGAGCCGGGGACCGAAGCGGAAAACAUCCUUCGGAAGGCCCACAAACAGGCGACAGGAAGCGAACUCACCACUCAGACGUCCACGGCGUAUCUAGACGCAAGGGUGCAUAGCUUGUACGACAAGAUCCCAGCACUUGUGUAUGGGCCAAUCGGUGAGGAUGUACAUGGAUUCGACGAGUGGGUGAGUAUCGAAAGCGUAAAGAAAGUGACGGUGGCCAUGGCCCUGUUCAUUGCGGAAUGGUGUGGAGUAGAAAAGAUAUAG